AUGGCGGCUGCGGCGGCGAAGCCGCCGGAGCGUGGCGGCCAGAAGUUUGUGGCACCUUCGUUUGCGGCAGUGGUUGGUCGUUCCAAUGAUGAGGAUGGGGUUACGCUGGGUGUUGUCUCAACAUUCAGAGGUGAGCCUUCUCUUCGUAUCUCUCGCCAGGAGAUUGAGAGUUUGGCUGCUCCCUUCCACCAUGCUCUGGUAGGGAGAUUCAGUGCGGGCAGACCUUCCAUGGAGGCUAUACGGAAAUUCUUUGUGACGUUGGGGCUCAAAGGACAUUGCUCGGUGGGCCUCCUGGACGAGAAGCACGUGCUGAUUAGACCUCUGGUGGACAAUGAUUAUUCUCGCUUGUUUGCUCGCAGGGUCUGGUUUAUAGGUAAGGCACCAAUGUCGAUCUCGAAGUGGAGCAUCAACUUCAGGUCUGGUCAAGAGCUCUCAAUUGCUCCAGUUUGGAUAAGUUUUCCAGGUCUGCCUAUUCCUUUUUUCCAAAGAAAUCAGUUGAUGCAGUUAGCCUCUACGUUGGGGCACCCUCUCAAGUUGGAUGCGGCAACCGGUGAUCUUCGUCGGCCCUCUGCUGCGCGAGUGUUGGUAGAGUUCGGUCAUCAGCAGGAAAGUUGUUUUCGGAGGGAUCCUUCCCUGCGGCCUGUGAAGGUGGGGCGGGCUUCCUUGAAACUUCAGGAGGUGUCUGCGCCUGUCAUGGAUAAGGAUAAUGCUAAGCAGGGUGAGCCUGGUCUGCCUGCAGGGGUAGCAGAUGGGCUGUUGGCUCCAGUCCAGAAGCAGUUGCUGCUACAGGGACAUGGGGCGGCAACUUCCAGAGAGGUGGUAUUGGAGGUGCCGGAGAAAGUAGCGGCUGGGCAGCAGGUGGGGGAGAUCGAAGUGGAGGUUGAUACUACUUCUGGCCCUGUGAAAGUUUUGGAGGAUGAGGGGAUGGAGCAGGAUAUGGGGCAGGCGUCCACAGUUGUCGAUGAUGCGCAGCAAGUCGGUUGCGAAGGAGUGCAGGCCGUGGGGUUGCAGCAGGAGCAGCAGGGUGUGGUAGAAAUGGGUGGUAGCUUGGUGAUUAUCCUCCCACAUGCUUCUGAGGUGCGAGGGGAUGGUGUGGAGGGGAGCAACCCAGAUGAUGUUGAGACGCGAACUGUUCAACUUGUGGGAGCUCAGGCGGUGGAGUCCAGCAGUGAGGAGGAGGCUCUUUCAGUGGGCUCCUUAUCCCCACGAGCUAUGGAGCUGGAGCGAACCCAGGAUGCAACUAUAGUGUCAACAGUUGGAGUUAUUGACACUUCGGUGGCGGCUUUGAGGAACAAACAAAAAGGUUUGGUGGUUGGAGAGAGUCCCCAGCAUGUGUCAGUGCGACUUUCUCACGAUCAUGUGCCGGGUUCCCAACUGGUUGUUUCUUUUGUGCAUGCACGAUGUACUCCUGGGGAGAGGUGUGAGCUAUGGGAGGGCUUAUUGCGGGAUAAUCCGGGUUCCGCUGCAUGGCUUGUAGGUGGGGAUUUUAAUGUGAUUUUAGACGCUGGGGAAAAGAAAGGGGGUCGGGCUUUUAAUCCUGGUGAAGCUAUGGAGUUUAGACAGUUUAUUAAUGAGGCCAAUCUCUCGGAUGUUGGUUUUUCUGGGGCUCAGUUUACCUGGUGUAACAAUAGACAUGGCAGGGCAAGAAUCUGGAAGAGAUUGGAUCGGGUUUUGGUGAAUGAGGGCUAUUCUGACACGGGGAUGUCUUUGGCGGUGUCGCACCUAGCCCGGGAAUCGUCAGAUCAUGCUCCGCUCCUUCUUUCAGUGUCAACCAGAUUGGAUACUAAGCCGAAGUCGUUCAGGUUCCUUAAUGUCUGGACGGGGCAUGAGGACUUCAUGCCUAUGGUUCAGGAGUCUUGGGAACAACCGUGCGGUGGACCCCCUCUGCAAGUUCUCUAUUGCAAAUUAAAGCGGUUGAGGGGUUCUAUACGGGAGUGGAGUAGGAGGGUUUUUGGGGAUAUUUUCCAGACUGUUAGGCAAAAGGAAGAGGAGGUGCGGUUGGCAGAGGUCCGUGUAGAAAGCGAUGAUUCAGAUGCUGCUAGGGUACAUUUACAUCUUGCCAAAGGCCAGUUGCGAGCGGCCAUGAGAGUGGAGGAGUUAUUCUGGAAGCAGAAGGCUCGGGUUAGGUGGCUUCAGGAGGGAGAUCGAAAUACAAAGUUCUUUCAUUCUGUUGUCAAAAAUAGAAGGGUACGUUCGGUCAUUCACAGGAUUAGAAAUGGCCAAGGGGAGUGGGUGGAGUCGGAUGAUGGGAUUGGAGCAGAGGCGAUACGGUAUUUCGAGGGGUUGUUUACGGAUCAGCGUCCAGCAUCUUCCUCUGAUUUGCUUCAGCAUAUCCCAGCAAUUUUGACUGAUGAGGAGAAUGAUUUGCUGGAGCAGUUUCCCUCUGAGGUGGAGAUUCGAAAUGCGGUUUUUACGAUGGAUGGGGAGAGUGCACCAGGGCCGGAUGGAUAUACGGUGUGCAGUUUUUUCUGUGGGGCGGAGUUGCCUCGGGCUAUUACAGCGACUUCCAUUGCACUCAUUCCUAAGGUGGGGCAUCCACAGGAUUUUUCUCAGUUUCGCCCGAUUAGCUUGUGUAACUUUAUUAACAAGUUGAUUUCGCGAAUUUUGGCUGACCGUUUAGCCCGAGUCCUGCCAAGGAUUAUUUCCCCACAGCAGAGUGGUUUUGUUCGUGGGCGGCUUAUAUCGGAUAAUUUCUUGCUGGCACAAGAGCUGAUCUCUAAUAUAGGGAGGACCUCCAGAAAUGCCGAUGUAGCUCUGAAAUUGGAUAUGUCAAAGGCUUAUGACCGCGUUUCCUGGAUUUUUUUGACAACGGUUUUGAGGAGAUUUGGCUUUAGGGAGCAAUGGAUUGAUAGGAUUUGGAGAUUGGUCUCGAAUGUAUGGUUCUCGGUCCUAAUCAACGGGGCCAGUGUGGGUUUCUUUAAGUCUACGCGAGGGCUUUGUCAAGGGGAUCCGUUAUCCCCAGGUCUAUUUAUUAUUGGCGCGGAGGUGCUGUCCCGCUCUUUGAACCAGUUAGUGGAGCAUCGGGAGUUCAAGUGCUUUUCAGUUCCGCGGGGCUGUCCUAGGAUCACGCAUCUCAGUUAUGCAGACGACGUCCUGGUUUUUACAGGUGCUUCAUCCGCUUCACUGAGAUGUGUUAUGCAGGUUAUUGAGAAUUAUGAAGCAGUUUUGGGGCAGGAGAUUAAUGUUCAAAAGUGCGGGUUCAUGGUGCAUGCUAAACUGCCUAGUCAAUGUGUGGCACGAAUUCGGCGGGCAACUGGAUUUGGGCUGAAGUCGUUUCCCGUGCGUUACUUGGGGUGUCCGCUUUUUGUGGGGCGCCGGAAGUGCCUAUACUUCAUGGAGCUGGUACAGUCAGUUAUUUCUAAAGUUUCUUCAUGGAGGUCCAAAUUUCUAUCCAAUGGGGGUCGGAUUGUACUCAUCAAACACGUGCUUUCAGCAAUUCCAACUCAUUUAUUGGCAGCUUCAUGCCCUCCGAAGGGAGUUCUUGCUUUAGUUGAACGGGCUAUGGCAAACUUUCUCUGGGGGGAGCGGGAAGGUGGCCUCCGACAUCAUUGGAUUAAAUGGGCUGACCUGUGUGCCGAAUCGUCACAGGGCGGGGUUGGUGUUCGCUCGCUUCUGGAUGUUCAUACAGCAUUCUCAUUCAAAUUAUGGUGGCGUUUCCGUACGGGAGAGUGUUUAUGGGCGUCAUUCAUGAGAGCCAAGUAUUGUCGGCAGAAUCAUCCAUGCAUGGUAGAGGCGGGUCAGGGCAGUUCCUAUAUGUGGAGGCGUUUGCUGCAAAUUCGUGAGGUUGCGGAGCAAAAUCUUUGGUGGGAGAUGCAAGCGGGACAGUGUAAUUUCUGGUUUGACAAUUGGAUGGGUUCUGGCCCUCUGUGUCAACGGUUACAAAGUGUUUCUGAUCAUUUAGUUAGGGAUUUUGUUUUGAAUGGCAGGUGGAAUCAACAGUUGUUACGGCUUUGGGUUCCUGAUGACAUAGUAUCAGAGAUAGUUACUAAAGUUGCCCCAGUGGGAUCCGCGGACGAUCGUGCGGUGUGGGCCUUGACAGAGUCAGGAGAUUUUUCCAUUUCUUCCACAUAUGAGCUGCUUGGUAGUCAGACCCCCUCAUCUUUCAUGUUUGAGAGGGUUUGGCAUCCUGUAAUUCCAAUCAAGAUUUCAUUCUUCAUGGAAGAUUGCAAGUGUAUGGCCCUUCCAAGUGUUUUUGUUGCCUGGCCUCGCAAUCUGAGACGUUGGAUCAUGUCUUUGCGGACGCGUCUGCGUCGACAGACCAUUUGUGACCGCAUCUUGGCAGAUGUCGUAGGGUUAUUUUCCAGGAAGUUUGCAGGAGAGUUUAUUGGGGUUGGCUGCUGGUCGGCGGUCCUCUCCAUUUUUUCGAGAUGGAGGCCUCGGUAUUCCCAUAGAGUGGUUUGUUGGGAGUUUCCAGUCCAGGGAGCUUUCAAGCUAAAUACGGAUGGGUGCUCGCUUGGCAAUCCAGGCGUUAGUGGCGGGGGUGGUGUGCUUAGGGACUCGUCUGGUACGUUGUUGUUUGGUUUUGCUGUUCCGUUUGGGGAACUUACUUGUCUGCAAGCGGAGAUCAAGGCUUUGGUGUUUGGGGUGCAACAAUGUCGUCUUCGGGGUUUCUCGCGGAUUCGGGUGGAGGUGGAUUCUCUUGUGUUAGUAAACCUACUGGUGAGACAAUUCAGGUGUCCGUAG